AUGAGUCAUGAAUCAGACAAAGAAGCGCAAGAGCCAGAUGUUGAAAUCAGCAACUCAUCUGAUACGUCAGACAUUAAGUCUGAGCCAGAUGCCGUAAUUCCAAAUCUAGCAUCCUAUCAAAAUGAAGAGGAAGAAACUGACUCUACAACAUUAGAGAUGCAACCCAUAUCAGGAAGAAUGAAACCAAAUAACAGAAAGAAUACAAUGCCAAAGAAAUCAAAAUGUUGUCGUAUUGUUUAA